UCUCAAUUAUUCCACAACCAAGUUUCCACUUUCUUCUUCUUACUCUCUUUCUCUGGUUACUUGCUCUGGUCCUUUAAUCGUUUUACGAAGAUAUGCAUGAUUGGGCAGCACCGUUGAUAGCUUCGGCUCUAUUCGCGUUUCUAUCGCCGGGACUGAUACUGCAGUUUCCUGGGAAAGAAUCUCCGGUAGGUUUCAUGAACAUGAAGACGACGGUAGCUUCUAUUUUCGUCCACACCGUUCUCUACGGUCUCUUUCUCAUCCUCUUCCUAGUCGUUCUCAACGUCCAUGUUUAUGCUUAGCUUUAGCUCAAAAUAUUACACUCAUGUGCUAGCCUUUGUUUGUGCUAGAUGGGUUUAGUAGUAAAGCUUUGUUUUAUGACUCGUCUUACUUCUUUCUUUGUUCCUUCUUUUAAUUACUGAUCUAAAGAUAUUAAAGUUGUGACCAAAUUUUUCGUUAGUGUUAUUCAGUAUAUGUAAGCCAUAUCUGUGUA